AUGAACAGCUUCAACAAUCUAUCAAACAUAGACUGGUUGACACGAUACUACUCCGAGUUCGACUAUGCAGAAGAAGACAGAGAAAGUAGCGCAGACAUCCACCCUCUCACACUCUCACCACAACUAUUACAUCUCGACACCAACGCCAAAUCCGGUCAAUCAUCGCAGACACAAGCCCUGAAGAAGCCUUCUUCUUCUUCUUCUUCUUCUCCUCCUCCUCCUUCUUACUAUUACAACGACCAAUUCCGAAGAGCCAGUAUAGCAUCCAACAUCUCCACCUCACCAUCCACUUCACCUUCCACUUCAAUAACAUCGUCCUCAACAACAACAUCUCGAGCCUCCACAUCUCCACCACCACCACCACCAAGAACAACAACAACAACAACAAACACCAUCUCCAUCCCCUCCCCCUCUUCACGACAAGAACACUUCGAAAAAAUCCACAACAUGAGCUCCGCACCCUUUUGCAGUUCCUUUUCCGGAAUUUUCGGUUUGACGACGGAAUGUCUGGCGUGUGGGUUUCGAUAUGAUGGCGUACAUGAUUUGGCCGAGCAUCAGAGGAUGGUGCAUGGAGUGGCGGAUGUAAUUUUCUGA